ACGUAUAAGGGUUGCUGACGUUGUAACAUGUGUUCUUGGCAGGUAUCAUACUUUUUCUACAAGAACCUGGCAUUUGGCCUUACUGUUUUCUAUUUCAACUCAAACGCGCUGUUUAGUGGGCAGUCCAUCUUCGAAGAAUGGGCAAUGGCGCUCUAUAACGUGAUUUUCACAUCGAUACCUGUUAUGGUAGUCGGAAUCUUCGAGCAGGAUGUCGCGGCUGACACGUGCUUGAAGUUCCCAGCCCUUUACAGGCAGGGUCCGGGCAACGCCUUCUUUAGCUGGGGUCGGAUCUUCCUGUGGAUGGCCCUUGGUGUGUAUAACUCAAUCGUCCUCUUCUUCCUUGUUGCAAUUGCAUUCUCGUUCGGUGCAUUCCGGUCAGAUGGGAAGGUGGCUGACAUGUGGGCUGUCGGCACUAGCAUGUAUACUUGCAUUAUCUGGACAGUAACUGUACAGCUUGCGCUGUCCAUUUCUUACUUCACGUGGGUCCAUCAUGUUGCGCUCUGGGGUAGCAUUGCCUGCUGGUAUGUAUACCUCGCCGUAAGAGGAAUGAUGAACCUUGACUCCAAUAUGCUGAAAGGUGUUUUGUCGGAGGAACUUGCGCCAAGCCCGACAUUCUGGCUGUUGACUAUAGUGAUCCCAAUGGUGGGUGUAUUCCCAUCGUUUCUUUAUACAGCCUUUGUGCGACAGUUCCGGCCAUCAGAUCAUCACAUAAUUGGGGAGAUUGUAAACCUUGAGCUGCAGAAGAAAGACCCGGCCAUGUGGAAACGAGAACAACGUAAGGCUCACCACCGCCCCAAGUUUGGAUUCACAGCAGCAGUUGAUGCUGCGGUUCGACGGAUGCGAGCCAAGGGACAUCGAGGCUCUCCAACGCCAGUCUAAUGUGAGAUUGUGCGACCCUCUGUUUAUGUAUUUGCCAGAUGCAUUAUCAAGCGCACAGCAUUUUGCUGAUAUGAUCUGGGCUCUAUUUCGGUCUGGCACUUGCUUCAUCGCGUCUUUGUAUUUGGCAGUCCUGAACAUCGCCAUGUGCAGCAUCACCAUUUUUAUUGUCUUCACAGCUUCUUUCCGCAUGCCUGGUCUUGUAUUGUUGCAGCUCAUGCCAGUCCCUCACAGCAGGUGAUUGUGGCAGUGCUUUCUGGCAGCUUUGACAUGUUUCCGAGUGCUCACACUUCGCCUCACUGAGUGUUGUAGUUUGUCAUGACAAGCUUCCCCCUUCUUUGCAACCGUUGCUCAUCGGUAUUCAUUUUCUUUUCUUUUAUUUUUUUAAGCUGUCUUCUCCCCAUCGGGGGACAGCUGUAUAUAUCUUUUUCUCUCAAAUUUUCCUCAUAUAUAGACACCUUCUCAGCAUGGGACGCUAAGGGUUAUGGGUUGGAUUCCUGGCCGGGACGGGAUGACUUAUGCGCACCCCUCGGUUUCCAUGUAAGUGGAAGUCUGUCCCCAUUAUUGGAUUUCAAACUCGUUCUGAUCCACGACGGACUGUUCAACGGUGGAGGGUUGCGACUUCAUCUUGCUCCUUUGUGCCAGUGCAUCGCUGGUCAUUUUCUCACAGGUAGGAAUCCUCCUUAGGCUGGCAGCUGUGUAUACGGAACGUGUUGUCUGUUUCCAUUUAUUGAACCGGUGGGAACAUUGAAGGCUUGCCAUUUCACAUUUACCACCUGUGAGGUGCUGUCUUAUCCAUGUGUAGUCGACCUGGUGCUUCACCACAUGUGUACAGGUGCCUGCCGCAGUUUUGUGGACGAGGCACGUGUGCCUUAACUUUUCGUGAAGCUCAGAGUCUGCCUGCAAAAGGAGAGGCUCUCUACUGAGAGCACAGUAGCUAUGGCAAGACGCCGUUGGCAAGUGGGUGUGUGCUGGGUUUGCAGCUUAUUGCUGAUUGCAUCCUGGUUCGCUCUUUCUGCAGUUGAGCUGCACGCGGCAUUGCAUUGGGUUGAACAUCGGGUUAGCUGGUGCUUCAUCUCAUUUCCCCUUUAGGAAAGGGGUGGAAUGAGAAUGUCUUCAUCUCACUGGCAGAUUAUUAUUUGGUUGAUCAUAUACGUAAAUAUUUGAGGUCUAUCUGUCAGCCUCUGUCGAAAUCAGAAGUUUUGAAAGGCCAACUAUCAGUAAUCGGCGACCAUUGAGAGCGUGCACUAUACGUUUUGUAUGAAAUUGAAUGAUUUGAAUCACUAUAAUUCAUGUGUUCCGUAAGCGCUUGUCCCAUGAAAUUUAUGUGGGAUCACAGCAAGGGUGUCUGCACUUCUGUCCACUACAGAUGAUGGACCCUUCCAAUUGCUGAUGGACUCCGUCCUAUUGUUAUACGUCACUUCAGGAAGUGAAAAAUGCAGGCCAGGCAAACACCAUUCCGGAUUUCUUUGCAGUACAGGCGUUGAUCCCGGCAGUUUGAAAAAUUGCUAUUUCUGGUUGUCCUUUUCCUCCAUUGGGAAUGGGGCAAUGUGACUUCACUCAGGAGAUCUGCGAUGGGGAAUCUGAGAACGGCCGGGAACCGACAAUAUUUGGAGGUUAACCAAAAGCUAUCUCUGUGCUGCUUCUAUCUGUGGCUUUAUUUUGGUUGAACAAGACUGGCCGUGGUGGCCACCUGUGGACCAAAGAGGCUGACUGACUGGUCAGGCACAUGGAUGGAAUAAGUAUGUACAUGGGGAUUGGAUCCUCAACGGGAGCAAUGCAGGCGUUUGAUGUUUUACGGUCGUACUACUCCAGAGAAAUUCCAGGUUGGGGACGUGGUAUCAUCCGGGAGCAGUAAUCAGCAUGCUGCAUGACCUUCUGAGAAGAUUUUGUAUUGUGUGAAUGUGCUGAUUCUCAAGCGCAUGGGGACAGGCAGCUUCAUGGUAGUGUUGCAAGGGUGAAGACGGUGGAUCAGCAACGAGAGCACGAGUUUGACAACGUCCACCGUGCCAGGGAUUUCCUGAAUGCUUUGUGGCAAUGGCUAGAAGAAGCAAAUUUAUGGGCAGCGUAGCUGCUUGAAAUGUCCAUGUAGCAGUGCGGCUUCGACUAGUUAAUUGUUAGAGUGUCCAGAGGCUGAUGUUUUCUUUUCACAAACUGAUUACAGCCUUUGGAUGGGUUGGGUGGAGGAUGCGAGCGCGCAUCCUCGAUCGCCAUGGCUAGCUUGCCAGGUUUUUUCGAAUGGGUAGGUCCUCAAACCUGAGAGAGCCAAUCCUGGUUUUUUACCAUUCUGCUGAAAGGAGUCGGCCGAAUUUGUUCCUCAGCUGAUUAGUCUUGACCAGCUGAUUGUGGAAUGUGUGGACAAGUGGGAUUUUCUUUUGCGUGGUGGUGAAUGCCUGUUAGAGAGGGUUGGGAAGGGUGUUGGCACGUGUCCCAGAGCUCCAGGACAUCAGCAGCAGCUAUUGCACAAUUGUGUUGGGGGAUGCGGCCAUUGUGGCCAGUUUAGAGGACUAAAAGUCUGAAUGCUUCUGCAAAUAUCUUGGUGGUUUGAGUCUGUCAGCCGGUUCUGGCAGUGAUGAGAGAGAAGGUACUUGCUUUAUAUGGUUCUGUAUGGGAGAGAGAUUCUACAGUGGAAGUAACUAAACCGCUGCCCGGGUCUUGGCAGUCACUGGUCAUGGAAAAAUGCUUCAUUAAUUGCUAUUCAUGGAUGGAACCUGACAUCGAAAGAGGGGUUUCUGCUGAGGGGUACAGCGAUGUCAGAAGCCAGUGGGUAUCCGGCAUUUGCUGGCACUGAUCGGAUAAUCUUCUCUGCUUUGGAUGCAACUGAGUUCCAGCAUCUGUGGACACUAUUUCAUUGAUCUGAUUCCCUCCUGGCCACCACCAUAGAACGGUCAGAAGUGCAGCAGGAGUGCAAGAAAAAUAAGUCAUGCGAAGUACAGAAACCAAAUUGCAUCAUCUCAGUGAAAGCCAGAAAGUCAUGUGCUCGGACAGAAAGCAGAAUGCACCAAGUUUUUUAUACACCAAAUAAGAGCAAACUCAGCAAAGCAAUGAACUCAAAUGGCAAUG